AUGCGCUGCUGCACUCGGCGAGCGUCGAAGUCGAUUUCCCAAGGUUUAGUAAAGCGGCCCAAGAUCAUUGAUCCACCAGCUCCAGGCCUCCGAGAUUUGAGCGAAGAAGUACUUUCAACAAUCUUCCAAUGUCUGGCUGGUGUGGAGGUGCUAAGCUCUCUGGAGCCAAGCUCAAAAUUUCUGCAGUCCGUGCUGCGGGAACCGAAGCACCCGCAUUCACUGUGGACGAGGUUCUUGAGUCAGGAGUUUCCUGGAGGAGUUGAUGGGCGGGAUGAGUUUGUUGGAGAAGUGCUGUACCGGCAGCUGAUUGGCCGCAGGCGAUGCAAGCGUGUCGAGUGGCGAAAGGUGCCUCACUCAGCACGAUCCAGUGCUGGAGCAAGAGAGGGCUCACCUGGGAUGUUCUAUCAGAAUGGCUUCAUCUUCGUUUUUGGCGGCUGGGGUGGCCGCGGACCCCGAAGAGAUCUUCAUGUCACCAAGCUGGACUCGCCCAUGGAAUUCCACCCAGUGGCGAUUGAUGGUGCGGGGCCAUACCCCACCUACGAAGCCAAGGUCACCGUCCUCGACGACCGAGUAUCGGGGACCGAUCCACUUCGAGUGCUGGUGACCGGUGGAUGGUGCCAUGGUGGUUACUAUGAAGAAAGUCGGCAGUAUGGACUGAUGGAAAUCCACUGUAAAAAUCCAGCGCUGUCUGCCAUCAGGGCUCGUUGGGUCCAAGUUGGCUCGAUGGACCGUCCCAGAGCCAAUCACAGCGCGACGUUUGUUCCUCCACGUCUCUGCGGUGCUCACCUCUAUCCCGAGGGCUACGUGGUGCUCUUUGGUGGGAGCAUUGAGGGCGCUCGUAGUAGCCAUCUGAGCUUGGUGGACUUAUCCAAUUUUCACUGGAGCCACGUGGACGUGGACGAGGGCCCAGCAGCUCCUGAAGCUCAGAAUUCUCACAGCGCCACGCUUCUACCGAGACCUGUUGGACGAAGUCCCUAUGGCAUCCUGGUGCUCGGGGGAGGCACCGGUGACGAUAGUAACGGCGGACCUCCCCGAGGAGGAGAGGACUGUGCUGGAGCUUUCUGCCUCACAGUCCAGGAGAAGGAGGACAGUCUGAACGAGGAGUGGACGAACGGCGAUGCUCAUUUAGUACGCUUUCAGUGGAGCAAAGUGUCUUCCAAGCUGCUAGGUGGUCGAGGCCAUGUGGCGAUGAGGCUAUGGGGUACGGACACCGUGGUCCGUGUGGGCGGAGGGAAGCAACCAUCGCGGCAUCCGCUGCCCUGUGCCGUUUGCACCUUGAACUGGUCACACGGCCAAGGACGAAUAGACCAAACUGGUCACACGUUGCAGUCCAACCGCACUCCACGAGGAAGCUCUUUCGGUGCUGGUUGUGCGUUGCCGGAUGGCUUGGUUUUGGUCUAUGGUGGUUGGGCCCCAGCACGUGGCACUUUUUCUGACCUUUGGGCUGGUUGUUUUGAUGAGGUCGGCCGGAGUAGUGGCUUUUUCCAGCAGCUGCCACUUCACGAAGCCGUUGAAAGGGAUGAAACGGCUUCAGAUGAUGAGAGCUUCACCUUUGUCCUGCAACGGCUUCUAGGCGAGAUGGGGCAACGGGCGGAGUCUGAAGAUGAAGGGCAAGAGCUUGAGAAUGUGGAGAAUGAUGAAGAUGAGGAUGACGAGGAUGAGGAUGAUGAGGGUGAUGAAUACUUGGAUGUCGGCCAGCACGCUGAGGCUUUAUACAUCCUUUUCAACGGUGUGGCCUCAAAACUCGGUGGAGAGAGACGGAGCUCCAAGACUUGCUCGACGACCUGGACUCGGUCGACUCCAGACCUUCCGACUGAGGCGACGCACUGGUCGACCUGGGGAGGCGAUCCCUGGCAAUGGUCGGCCAGGCACAUGACAGCCAUAAUUGGUAGCUAG